AUGCCCUCCUCCAAUCAAUCUCUUGGUCCCCCAGCUUUCUUCCUGACAGGAUUUCCUGGGCUGGAAAACUCCCAUGUCUGGAUUUCCAUCCCCAUCUGCUCCAUGUACUUUGUGUCCAUCGCUGGGAACUGCACCAUCCUCUUCAUGAUCAAGACAGACCAAACCCUCCACGAGCCCAUGUACUAUUUCCUCUCCAUGCUGGCACUCUCAGACCUGGGCUUAUCUUCUGCUACCUUGCCCACCAUGCUGAGCGUCCUUUGGUUCAACCACCGCUGGAUCCACUUUGACGCCUGCCUGACGCAGAUGUACUUCAUCCACACCUUCUCCAUCAUUGAGUCAGGCAUUCUACUCUCCAUGGCCUUUGACCGCUUAGUGGCCAUCCGCAACCCACUGAGGUACACAUCAGUCUUGACCAAUGAAGCCAUUGUCAAGAUUGGGGUGGGGGUUUUCCUCCGGGCCGCCUUCCUUGUCUUCCCAACUGCCUUCCUCCUUAAGAGGCUGCAAUAUGGAAGAACAAAUGUGCUCUCCUAUUCAUUCUGUUUGCACCAGGAUAUUCUGAAUGUGGUGCGCUCAGACAGAAGAACAAGUAGCAUCUAUGGCUUGAUGGUGGUCCUCUCCUCCAUGGCUGUUGACUCUGUAUUGCUCAUUGUGUCCUAUAUCAUGAUCCUCAAAACUGUGCUGAGCAUCGCCUCCAAGGUGGAGCGGCUGCGGGCCCUGAACACCUGCAUCUCCCACAUCUGUGCUGUCCUCACCUUUUAUAUACCCAUGAUUGGUCUCUCUAUGAUCCACCGAUAUGGGAAAAAUGCCCCACCAGUGGUUCACAUCCUCAUGGCCAACGUCUACCUUUUGGUGCCACCCCUGAUGAACCCAGUUGUGUACAGCGUGAAAACAAAACAAAUCAGAACACGGAUCAUUAGAAAGUUCUGGAAGGAUAAAGGUUCAACGGAAGCCUCUUAG